AAAUGAUGCCACUGCGCAUGCCCGACUGCGGUUAUUGAACAAACAUGGCGGCACCCUGCGUGACAGCAUUGAGGACAGCACUGAAAGGUGUGCUCCUCAUGCAGAUGAGCCAAACCCCGACAGUGUGUCAGUGUUUACGGCUUCAUGCUGCUCGGUGUCGGCCUCUACAUGUCUCCCCUGCAGCCGCCCUGUGCAGCUCCAGAGUAGAGCCGCAGAGAAGCAGCCAGACACACAGCAAAGAUGACAGAAGAGCAGGACAGGAAGAGGACGAAUCCGAGGGUCCUGAAUACAUCCCCAAGAGAAAGGCGAAGAACCCCAUGAUGUCAAUUGGCUAUGCCUGGUUACCGCUCAUGGAAAUUCAAAAUAUUAGAAUAAAGAAUGAAAAAUACAGAAAUGUUUCGGAAAACAGGAUGAUUGGCCUGCCCACAGGAAUCAUCGGCUUCCUCCUGGCCAAGAGAGAAGUGGACAAGAACCGACUGAAGCAGCUGAAGGUUCGACAGAGGAUGAAGAAGUCAAACGAGGGCAAAUAUGAAGCGAGUCGGUACCGCAGUCCUGCAGAGGAUUAAACUGGACCAAUAAUGUUCAUGUGUGGCUGCUGCGAUUAGCUCCAUGUUCUGAACGUCACUACCAAAGACUGAUUACAGAAGAGACAUCAACCUCAUGAGCUUGAGAACAGACAUUCAAAAGUGGGUAACUAUUUUUUUCUAUAGGCAGAUGCUGGAAAUGUGAGAAUGUCGUUGAGCAUCUAAUCAGGCCUUUGUUUUUUUUUGUGUUGCAGAUUUGUUUUUUCUUGCUCACAAAUAUGGGUAAUACUGUUCUGAAGAUUGAUCAUUAGCCAUGAUGCUGAUGUUCUGUAAAUAUGAUCGAGGAAAUAAAUGUAUAUUUAAUAUGUAA